UAUAACAUGGACAGUUUAUAUUAACACGAAAGUACGAAACACUUUAUUACAACAGGAACGACUAAGAAAUAAAAUGCGACUAUAUUUUUUCAAAUCCGAAUGGAACUGGGUCGUGAGAUAUCCAUAUUAUCAAACUUCUGCUACAUAAAUGAACCCAAAUUACUUCAAAGGGUAUUUCCGUUGGAGAUAGUUGCUUGGAGCAUUUACUUCUUGGUCUCCAUCAUCAAGUUCAGGUUUCACACCUUUCUUUCUUCAUACUCUUCUAGAUUCAUCUGUGCUUCAAGCAUUCGCUCUUUAAUCUGAUGAUCUUGAGCGCAUGAUUUUCAUUACAGACAAUUUGAUUGCAUUCCAAUUCUUCAUUUUUUUUUUGUUGCUAAAAUUUUCGUGUUUUCUGACGAGUGAGCUCUUAUAAUCCUCACCUUAGAGGCGAUGACAUAUACCAGAGUCGUGAGGCCUGCUUCACCGCCAAAGUCGGAAUCCCCAGUCAGGGCUCUUAGGUCGAGAUCGAGAUCAUUAUCUGCUUCCAGAAGGAGUCGUUCGAGGAGCUGUGAUAAUGAAGAACCCGGCAACCCUGGAAAUAACCUUUAUGUGACUGGCCUAUCAACAAGGGUUACAACUAGUGAUCUAGAGAAGUUCUUUAGCAGCGAAGGGAAGGUUAUUGAGUGCAAUCUCGUCACUGAUCCUCGAACCAAAGAGUCUCGUGGUUUUGGGUUUGUCACAAUGGAAACAAUUGAAGAUGCAGAUCGCUGUGUUAAACAUCUUAACCGCUCUGUGCUUGAAGGUCGGCUUGUUACUGUAGAGAAGGCUAAGAGAAAACGGAGGCGGACUCCAACUCCAGGAAGAUAUCAAGGUGUGAUAAAUAAACGAGGUUCUGAUGGAAGACGAUCUCGAAGUCACUCACCCCGCCGACGGCAAGAGAGGGAUUCAUACUAUGGGGAUCGACGUGGUAGGCCACGAUCACCAUAUAAUCAGAGGGCUGAUGACUCUGGUUCAUAUAGAAGGCACCAGGACAUGUCCACCUCCCCCAGAAGAAAAGACUAUGCAAGAGGCCGUUGACGACUGUUGACUCGGUCAUAGUUCUCCAACUUCCUGGAUACCUUUAGGUGGUUUAUCAUGUUUGAAUUGUAUUUAAUAUUCCUAAUGCUACUUGGUUCAUAUGUGAGUGGGCUCUAUUCAAUUGUGAUGAAUUGAACAAUGGAACCAUUUUAGUAGGUGUAG